GGGACUUCCCAAAAAGCUCGAAAGAAAUGGAUUGAAAAAUAAAAUAAAAUAAAAUUGAUUGCUCAACACUGGGAGGAAAAAAAACUGCUCACUAUUUCCUGGAAAAUUCUCCCCAUGGAUGCAAAUUAGCCAGCCAGAAUACCAGCGGUAUACAGGCAAUCCUCGAUUUAUCACCACAAAGAGCCCCUCAUUUCUGUCUUUAACCGAGAUCUUGGUGAAGUGAGUUUUGCCCCAUUGGAUGAGGUUUUUUUUUGCCACGGUCAUUAAGCAGACCUUGCAGUUCUUAGCAGGUGACGCUUGAGCUGGUUGCCCUCCUCCUCCUCCUCCUCCUUCUCCAAGGAGCUCAGACAACUUCCAUCAUCUCUGGAUGUUGUGAUGGAGAACUACGAGCUGGUGACCUCCCUUGGCUAUCCGGUUCUCAAACCCGAUAUCCUGUCUCGGAUCGAGCGGGUCGGAGAGCCGUGCGUGGGCGACCAGCUGGAUUCCACCCGCGGGAUUCCCACUGAUCCAUGUCCAGGUUACCGUUUCUUCAAACCUGAGAGCCUGUCUUGGAUUGAGCGGUGGGAGGAACUUGGAGUCACCGACCGUCAGAAGUUGGAGGAAGGAAAACUCUGCGCUGGUGCCUGCCAAGCUGCCGGGCGGAGCAAAGCCAUCAAGGAAGAAGAGGGUGGCCAGAAGGGUUUUGUGGCCAGCUUGGAACGCUACCAGCUCUUCCCCGAAAGUUCCCGGGCUGGUCUCUUCCUGGCCCCCAACCCCGGACAGCUGAGACCCCAGCCCCGGGUCAAGAAGGAGGAAGCGGCCUCCUGCGAGCCCAGUCUGGGUGGCCCUGGACGCCCCUCCCAAGGCCUGGGCUCAGGCCCCUUCACGUGCGUGGUGUGCGGCAAGUGUUUCCGGCAGAAGCAAGGGCUGAUCACGCACGGGCGCAUCCACACUGGCGAGAAGCCCUACCCAUGCCUGGAGUGCGGCAAGCGCUUCCGCCAACGCCCCAACCUGCUGACCCACCAGCGGGUCCACACCGGUGAGCGGCCCUUCCCCUGCCUGCGCUGCGGCAAGCGCUUCAGCCAGAAGGCCAACCUGGCGGCUCACCAGCGCACCCACGCCGUGCAGGAGGGGCUGAUUGCCCCCGAGCCCAAAGUGCCGGUGCCGCGUGGCAGCCGCUCAACAGAGAAGCCCUUCCCUUGCAGUGUCUGCGGGAAGAGCUUCAGCCAGCGGCCCAACCUAAUCACCCACCAGCGCAUCCAUACCGGCGAGAAGCCCUUCCCCUGCACUGAGUGUGGGAAGCGCUUCAACCAGCGGGCUAACCUCAUCACCCACCGGCGCAUCCACUCGGGGGAACGGCCUUUCCCCUGCGCCACCUGUGGGCGGCGCUUCAGCCAGAAGGGUAACCUGGCGGCCCACCAGCGCACACACUCACAGCAGCGGCCCCAUGCCUGCUCCUGCUGCCCCAAGCGCUUCAAGGGGGAGUCGGCGCUGCGGGCGCACCAGCGUACCCAUCGGCAGGUGCUGGGGGCCGAUCCGCUGACUAGCACCCUCCUGGCCACACCAGCUUUACAACAAGCCCUUCCUGGGGACCCCACUUCGGCAGCGCAGCAAGCCACACCGGCCCCUCGUCCGGAUCUUCCUGGAGACCCUUCUCCCAGCGUCCAUCGCCCGGCCCCGGCCGCCCAACACGGGGCGCCUCAUGGGCAGAAUCUUCCCGCGGACCCACCUCCCCCUGGCCAACACGCAGCCGGCCCCUCAGGGCACCUCCAAGGGGUGGCCUCCGGCCCGGAGCAAGGCCCAAAGCUGAGUGGCCCGCCCGCCCUCCUGGAUCCCCACGUGGAGAUGCUCCAUUGCCAACGCCGGCUGGGCCUGCCAGUGCUGCCCAGCUCCAGCACCCACUCGGUUGUGCCCUUGGGGCAACCCCCGCCCGUCACCGCCAAGCCCAAGGGUUUGUCGGCAGCCCCUCGGCCCGCCGCCCCCGUGGAAGCCCCGAGCGAGAUGCUUCACUGCCUCUGCCACGCCGGCCGGGCUUCCUUGGUUAUUCCGCACCCACCACAUCUGGGGCAACUUCAGCCCGGCACCCGGGAUGCCCCUGGCCGCGCCUGGCUGGGCCUCCCCUGCCCGACACGUACCCUUCAGCUCCAGCAGGGCGGGCAGGCGCACCCGGCCGCCCCUAAUCCCAGACUAUGUUCGAUUCCCGAUUCUUUGCGGUAACUUCCCGUGCACGGGGCAAGCACCGAUCGGCCGGGGCUGGACUCCCCUUGGAUCUCCUUCCUCCCCCCCUCCAGCAGCGCCCUAUAGGGCUGACCGUGGGGUUUAUGCAUGUAUCCUGGACCAGGAAGCCCCCAUCUGCCCCACCCUCCUGCUCUACGGAAGCACACGGACUCUCUUUGGAUCUAGCCCACCUGUCUCAAGAGCCAAUCCAUCCUUCCAGCAAAGGCACUCUUUCUCCCCCCCCCCCUUCAAAAAAGUGUCAACAUGGCAGCAGGACCAAAACCAUGCCCACACCUCGUCUUACCACCGAGCCCCUCCCGCCAAAUCUCCCUGGAUGCCCCUCAUCUACUCCCAAACAAUGGAAGGAAAGACUAAGAACUUGGCAGCAGUCCAAACAAUGAAGAUGGAAGAGUGCCACCCACCGUUUUGGAAAACUGACUGAGGGCGGAACCCCUCAAUAAACCCUGGUUGGGGGGCAGUUUCUUGUGCCCGGACACAACUUGGCACAUCCCCCGAUGAGGCGCCGCCCCCCGUGGCUUUACAAAGAGGUUCCUGAGACCCCCCCAUUUCCCCUCUCAUGCUUUCCUAAGAAAGGGGAAAAAAAUGAAAGAACUCGUUCUGGAAAUGUACCAUUGGCAUCACGUGGCCGCCAUGACACAAACUGGACAGCCGAACUCUUUGCCAGCCUGGUGAGUGCCAGCUUCAUGCCAAACAACAGGCCAGCCGGCUCCCUGUAGAAGUCCAUCGUGGUGAUGCAGAACUUUUCGGGGAGCGGGAAGGAUUCAGAUUUGAAGACAUUGUGGAGGGGGCCCCUGCCUGGCAUUCAGCUCUUAGAAGUAUAAUCAGUCUCCAGGCCAGAAAAGACACAUUUGUUCCUCUCCCCCUCCCCACAAAGGAGCUCCCCCUCUUCCCAACAGCUGUGACUACAAUGGUCUGACACUUUCAGGGAGCCGACACCAAAGAGGUUGGAUUGCAGUGGGGCUGAAAGAUGGGUGGGGUCCUCACAUAAGGAGAGGGGAGGCCCCAGAACGAACAAGAAGCACUUUAGAACGACCCGAUGGCCUGUCGGCCCCUGGAUUUUCCCUCCUCUCUCGCAUGGGACGGAACCCUUGCACAGGGCUGCUGGAAGGGAGAAAGCCGAAGUUGUGUGUUGUGUUAUGAGGGGUCUGUGCCUUAAGCUGAAAAGCCUUCCCAGAGCGAAGAUGGUUAAAUGUUCCAAGGCGAGCAUGCCAAGGGUCCGGGCUUAGGAUGGGGAGGAAGGAGGAAUGGCGACGGCCUCCCCUCCUCCCGCCAAAGUCUGCCAAGGAUGCAAAGCAGGGGCGGUAGGAGGACUUUGGGCCCCCUCCCCUAUCCCAGCUCCUCUGGGCAUCCGACGCCUGUUCAGCUAGGCUGAUUUUAGGGGCCCAGAGACAACACGGAUUGUAUCUGGGCAACGGGGAAGAGGUAUCGACGGCAGUGGGUGCGUUGAGCAUACAAACAAUGGCGUGCGACAACCAGUUACUUGGGCGCGAAUCCAUGAAGGGACACACACCGUGCAUGGGUUGGAUGCAGGGUUGUGAUGGUGAGGGGUUGUCGGGAAAUUUGAUUGGCACAAGCGGGCUGCCCACAGUCUGCAGCCUGGGUCGAUGGAGGGUGCCUCCCAUCGACAGCUGUGGAGAAAGAAUCCAUCCCUCCAACCGUGAGCAUCCUUCCUCAGGGGCUCUUUCCCGGUGGGCUUUGAGGGGUACAUUCUAACUAAGUCCUGAUCCCGGGAUAAAACCACCCAGAUGUUGGGUGG